AAGCCGCGUCACGGGGUGGAUUUCUGACAUAAAGUGAAGGACGCAUACAGUAAAUCGGCGUACGUUUAUCGUGUAUUUCCGGUAUUCGUUUUGCUUAUGACGUUUAAAUCAUUCUCGACUAUACGCCAUACGGACAUUACAAAAACACACAUCAAUCGUCUUAAUAAACAAGCAAUCGGAGUAGGUACUCAGCUGUAAAAUUCUGGUGCUGUGUAAAAGCCGGUUGGCGAGUGCUAGCUGAGAACUGACGAGAACAAAACAGCAUCUACUGCCUUCAAGUAUCGCAGUGCUCGGUGCUGGUGUACGACUGUGUCCCAGCACUCUCAUAUCGGCUGAUCCUGUACGGAAAUGCUAAAUGCCACCGACUCGUUUGCCUGUUGUGUCGGUCAUCGUCGUAGCGUUCGCGAUGACCGCGUCAUUGUUAUCAUCUGCCCCGGGUGCGGCGCGUUCUGGUUUCGCUUGCCUGAGCAGUCCUUGCGUACACGGCGUAUGCGUUGAUCAGCCUAACAGCUCAUACACAUGUUAUUGUAUUGAUGGUUAUACGGGUGUCCGAUGUCAGACCAACUGGGACGAAUGCUGGUCUUCUCCUUGUCUCAAUGGAGGAUUGUGUCUCGAUGGUAUAGCUGAUUACAAUUGUUCGUGUCCUGAAGGCUAUGCAGGACAUGACUGUGAACUCAACGUUAACGAAUGUCUGUCAAAUCCGUGCCAAAAUAACGGAACGUGUUUGGAUUUCACCAAUGGAUUCACGUGUCAAUGUUCCGCCGGCUACUCUGGGAUAAAUUGUGAAAUCGACUUGGCAGUGUGCAAUUCAACAGGUGAAAUACUAUGUAAGAACGGUGGCGAGUGCAUUGAAGGUCCCGGCGUGUCUUUUUCGUGUAACUGCUCGCCAGGGUGGAGUGGAUGGACUUGUGAGGACGAAAUCGACCAGUGUGACUCUCGUCCGUGUAAAAACGGCGGCCUGUGCAUCAAUAGGCAGACAACGUAUUCGUGUGCCUGUCUUUUUGGUUACACGGGUCGCGACUGUGACGUAGCACUACGUCUAUGCGAAGAACACGAGUGCCAAAAUCACGCUCUUUGCUUAGUCGAGGACCAGACAUCGGUUUGUUACUGUGUCCCGGACUAUCAUGGAAAAUACUGCCAAUAUCAAUACGACGAGUGUCAACUAGGAAUAAGAUGUGACAACGGCGGGACGUGUGUGGACGGCGUGGACGGUUAUACGUGCACGUGUCCGAAAGGACUGACGGGCCAGUCGUGCGAGUGCGCGUUCCUGGACGACCACACGGCCAACUGCACCGGCGUCGUGGUGCCGUAUUACACGACCAGCGGCGGCGCCGAGGAAACGACGACCGUCGCCACCGCUGCAGUGACGAUCACCGCUCCGGCCACCCGGAUGGACGGCCGCGACUAUCCGACGUCGUUCGAGACCACGUUCGGGACGACGACGUCGCCGUCAGACGGCAACACCGGUUACUUCAGUAUUUUCGUGACCGGCACCACGCCCGCGGAGGACCGCCGCCCGGAGGUCACGUCCACCGAACUGGCGCCCGAGCCACAGCCGUACACCGCCCACACGGACGAUGCGGACGCGGGCGACGGCGCGUACGACACGACCGCGACACAGUUGACCGACACGGUCCGUCCGGCUACCGAUCGGAUGUCGUCGCCCGACAGCGUCCCCGACCCGGACACCACGACCGUCGACUACGACGGACCGACCGACGCUUACGAGUACGACGCGCCCGCCGCCGACGCGGCCGAUCGAAGGUCGACCACUACCACCACCACCACCACCACCACGACCAGCACCACCAGCACCACCACCACUGCAGCGGCUGUGGCCAGUCGACCGGCCACCGGCGUCUCGACGGACGCAACAAGCGCCGCGGCGGAUAGACCGAAAUCGACGAUCACCGCUACCACCGCCGCCGCGCAGUCCGCCAGAUCGACGAUCAGUUAUCGGCAAUCCGUGGUCACCGAUCGAGACUCCGGUACGUCGUUCACCGCUUUCUACGACGAAAUGUCCACGGAUUUCGAUUACAACUUCACCAGCUUCGCAGUUCCGGUCACCGAUCGUGGUCCCAGUGUUCUGGACCGCAGUUGCGCCAACUUUUUGUGUUUGAACGGAGGACGAUGCGAAAAAUCCAAAACGGGACACAAAUGCAAAUGUACGUUUGGGUGGAAAGGUGAAAUAUGUAGUGAGAAAAUCGAUAUCAAGGUAUCUGCGUUUACAGGACAAUCGUUUCUCAGCCAUCGACUCUCUAACCGUUCUGGUGCUGAAAUAUCAAUGGAAAUACGAACCUUAGCACCAAAUGGAAUUUUAUUUUACGCGCAAGUCACUACGCACAUGUACAUGUGUCUCUAUUUACAGGAUGGUCUUUUAAAGUUUCAAUUCUCAUGUGGCGUACAGACAAUGUUAUUUAGUGAAACCAGAUACCGAGUGAAUACGGGUCAUCGUCUAUUGCUGACAGCCGCAUUGGAGCAUUCCAUGUCACAUUCUAUGUCUGAUCACUGCAAGGCAUCACUUAGAGUCAACGAAACGUUGGCCAUGAGCGGUGAACAGGCGGCAGAUACGGCACCAGAGAAGGCGAAAAAAGUGGCACUGUUAUAUUUGGGUGGACUUCCGGCUGGCCAAAACGCUACAGCCGAACUUCCUGUUGCAGUAGGAAUCACUGGUUGCAUAUCGCGUCUACAAAUUGACGAAGUUGUUCACAACGUAUACGAAAAUGCCACCGACGGGUAUGGCGUGAUCGAAUGCGCUUCGCUGACAUGCUUAUCUAGCCCCUGUCAAAGCUAUGCAACAUGUGUAGAGUUUGGAGACUCAUGGAACUGCCUGUGUCCUUCUGGCUUUGUCGGGAAGAAUUGCGAGCGGUCAGUGUGUGAAAACAAUCCAUGUAAAUUUGGCGCCACGUGUGUUAUUUACCCCGGAAGUGGAUUCAUUUGUUUAUGCCCACUUGGAAAACAUGGAAUGUAUUGUGAGCAUGAUCUUGAAAUUGGAGAACCGUUUUUCCCGGGCAGUGUUAGCGGACUCUCGUCGUUCGCCGCAUACUCUAUACCGGCUGAGAUCCAUCAAAGUUUCGAGCUGUCAAUGCAUUUCGUGCCGAAUUUUAUGGACCAAAUCGCUCUAAUGAUGUACAUAGGUCACGACGCAUCCACCGAUCACGUAGCCUUAAGUUUUAUUAAGGGAUACAUUGUGCUAACGUGGAAUCUGGGUGCCGGCGCCAGAAGGAUUUUUACACCAAAGCCAAUAAACUUUCAGCCGAAAAAGGCGCACGUCGUAAAAUUGGGCCGAGACGGAAGAACCGCGUGGCUCAUGGUAGACAAUUUCCCGAACGUCACCGGCCAAUCAGUCGGACGCCUCUCUCAACUUAACACCAAACCCGUGUUAUACCUCGGCGGCCACGAGUCUCCUGGAAUGGCCGAUCUGCCACACGACUUGCCGUUGCACACUGGCUUCGUUGGAUGCAUGAGUGAGGUGAAGUUAAAAGCUGGUCAUGUAACUGUUCCGUUGAGUCUGUCACGUGCAUAUUCCACAGUAAAUACUGGUAGAUCCGUGUCCCAAUGCUCGACUAACGAAUGUUAUAGAAACAACAUAUGUCAACACAACGGUGCGUGCAUUCAACACGGUUCUUCGUUAGCGUGCGUGUGCGACGAUGGAUGGUACGGUCCUGUGUGUUCGCACCGUUACAAUGCGUGUGACGCGAACCGACAUAACUGCUCGGACGGGUCGACGUGCGUACCGGUAGGCGAAGGAUACGAGUGUGACUGUCCGGCGGGCAGGACCGGCAAAUACUGUGGCCGGGAAGAGCGGCUGUCCGACGUCCGGUUCCUGGGCAAGCGGUCUUUCCUGUCGGUGUCUGCGGCCGCAGAGCUCAAUAUGCAGCAGUUCAGUGUCGAGCUCGAAAUAAAACCGUCCGGCGAACACGGCAUAGUGUUUUUCGUGAGACACGACGCGGCGCGCAAGAAGUUCAUGUGCCUGUCACUGUACGGCGGCGUGCUGGAAUUAAGGAUCUCCGUUCGAGUGGGUGAAACGAAACGUCAAGACGAUGUACUGGUGGUCCGUAGCGGUCGAGUAUUGACGCUGUCAGAAUGGCAUAGCGUUAGAGUGGGUCGGUAUCGUCGCAAACUGUACCUGUGGGUCGACGGAAUGGUCAACUACGCCGUCUUGCAGCCGUCGGAGGGUAUUUCGAACUUUGACAAUCUUAUAUACUUCGGUGGUUUGCCAGAUCUGUCCCGCAUGCCACCCGGUUCCACGGCCGGACUUCCGGUUCCAUUCGCCGGAUGCAUACGCAGACUGUCGAUCGACUACGAGACGAUACCACUCAAUUAUUCAUCGAUCGCUGCUGGCAGGAACAUAGCUGAUUGCGAUGGGACGCCAUGCGGCGGCGACUUGUGCCAUCACGGUGGUAGCUGUUGGUUGGACAUGGACAUGAAACCGCACUGCCAUUGCCUUCAGGAAUUCACCGGAGAUUCGUGUAACAAACAAGCUCCAUGCACUGAAUUCAAAUGCCAGAACAAAGGCCACUGUGUAAGUGAAAGCGGCAACACGUCCUUUGUAUGUAAAUGUCCACCUGGCUGGGAUGGCCCGUUCUGUACAAAAGAGCUUCCAACUGGUCCACCAUUAUUCAAAGGACAUGGAUAUUUAGUUCUUAGUAAAUUGUCCUCAUUAACUAAAAGAGAAGGUAAUGAUGAAGCAACAGUGGAUAAUGAAACACAAUUCAUAAGUGUAAACUUUUCAACAGUAUAUAACAACGGAUUGUUAAUUUGGACAUCACAGGAAGAGUGGUACAUGGGCUUAGGAAUAAUAAAUGGAUUAAUGACAGUGACAUGGGCGCAGAAUUAUAAAAGACCCAAUAAACUAACAGCCCCAAUGUCCAACAUAACCAAUAGUGAAUGGCAUACGGUGAGGUUGAAUGUCACAAAAUCAGAUAUUACAUUAGAAUUAGAUGAUUGGAUAUCAGAUCCAUAUAACCACAACAUAGAUUCGUUUGAUUUGAACAAUAACAUAAUUUAUUUAGGAGGUGUUCCAGAAGAGAAAUUUUUCUUAAAUGAUAAACAAGAGUUAUUUAAAAACAAUUUUCGAGGAUGUAUUGAACAACUGACUGUUCAAGAAAAUGUUAUAACUGAUUUUAAACACUACGAGAGCGUAAAUGUAGAUGUGUGUGAUACAUGGUGAAAUAAUGUCAGUUAUACAAAUGUGAGCAAAAUAAUCAAUUCUAAAGAGUUCAAUUUCAAUCAGUCAAUCAAUCAAUAUACUUAUGAUUAUUAUUAAUAUGUAUUUAUGUUUUUUGUGUAUUGUCAAAUUUUAAAUGAUAUCUUUUCUUAUCUUCAGUAGUGAUUUCUGUUGGAGCUCCAGUCAAGAGAUCUUUUCCCUCAAAAGUUUUAGGAAAAGCAAUAACAUCACGAAUGCUAUUUGUGUUACACAAAAUUGAUAGUAAUCUAUCAACACCUAAAAAAUCAAAAUAUAAGAUAAGAUAAAAUGUAUUGAUCAAUUAAUA